AUGGAGCUCGAGGAGGAUAUCGAGGGGAUGGAUGUCAAGGCGAAGGCGCUGAUGCAUCUUUUGAAUACUAGUGAGGUUUUCGUUGCCAUCAUGGCAGAUAAAAUGAAGAAGCAGCAGGAGGAGGCAAGGCUGGAAGCGGCAAGGCAGCAAGAGCAGCUGCAGAAACCGGAAAAGAAGGCGGCGCCCAAGUCGAGGGCUGCUGCGGAGCCGAUUGGACGGCGACAGACGCGCACGAGUGCGAGGCAAUUGGCAACAACGGUAACGGAGGUUCCGGCGGAGGAGGCGAAGAAGGAAGAGGAAACAGAGACGACAAAGACGAGGAGGGGCCGGGGAAGGAAGCCGGCCGCUGCGGCGACGAAUGGGAAUACCAUCUCGAGCUACUUUAAGAAGGCGGAUGUGAAAGUCGACGAGGAGAAGCCGACGGUUCGGGAGGCGUUGGAGCAUGCUGCAGAUGAGUAUGAGGCGAAUCCGACGGCGCUGGGUGGUCAAGAAUUGGUUGCUACACAGCAGCCCGAAUUGGUGACUGGGGGCAAGAUGAAAGAGUAUCAGUUGGAGGGCUUAGAGUGGCUCAAGUCGCUUUGGAUGAACGGACUGUGUGGCAUCUUAGCGGAUGAGAUGGGUCUUGGAAAGACUGUUCAAGCUAUCUCGUUAAUCGCUUUCUUCAAGGAGAAGAAUGUUUCUGGACCCUUCCUGAUCGCUGCGCCGUUGAGUACAGUGAGCAAUUGGGUGGACGAGUUUGCAAAGUGGACGCCUGAGAUCAAGACAGUCUUGUACCAUGGCUCCAGGGAUGAACGUGCAGAAAUCAGGCGGAAGUUCAUGAAUAUCAAGGACCAGCGAAGCUCGGAUUUCCCGGUUGUUUGCACUUCCUAUGAGAUUUGCAUGAACGACCGGAAGUUCCUGGCGCAGUAUCAGUGGCGGUAUAUUAUCGUCGACGAAGGCCAUCGCUUGAAGAACAUGAACUGCAAGUUGAUCAAAGAGCUGCUCACCUACAAUUCCGCCAACAGACUGCUCAUCACGGGCACGCCGUUGCAAAACAACAUUACCGAACUCUGGUCGCUUCUGCACUUCCUGCUGCCGGAGAUCUUCAACGACCUCCGUAGUUUUCAGAGCUGGUUUGACUUUUCAUCCAUGUUGGAUAACAAUGGUCAGACGGAUGUCAUGGAGCGUCGGAAGCGCACUCUGGUCUCCACGAUGCACUCGAUCUUGAAGCCUUUCCUCCUCCGUCGGGUGAAGACUGACGUCGAAACAUCGCUGCCAAAGAAGCGAGAAUACAUCCUGUAUGCGCCCUUGACUACAGAACAAAAGGAUCUCUACCGCGAAAUUCUCAAUGGCACUGGCCGCCAGUACCUCGAGGAGAAAGCCACAGAACGCCUCUUGGCCAAGAGUGGAAGAGUCUCGCGAUCUCAAAGCCUGAAACGCAGCGCCGAUACCAGUGAAGCUUCGUCUCCAAACAAGAGUCUCAAGUCUAGUCGUUCUUCCACACCAGCAAGGUCACUACUCACGCCCCGGAGACGCGGCAAGGUGUCAAGCUAUACGGAAAUCAGUGACCGCGAGUUCAACGCAAGACUGCGUCGACUCGAGCAAGGAGUGGAAGAAGACUUGGACAUCGCCGAACCCAGCGAGACAGAGCAGGAGGAGCAGGAGAGAGCCAAAACCAUUCGACUUGCCAAGAGGGAAAUUGCGCAAAAGAAGAUGCAAAACCCAGUGAUGCAAGCACGACUCGCCUGCAACUCGCCUCACAACUUCUACUGGCCUUGGAUGGACGACCCGACCUCCAUCGACGAAACCCUCGUGACAGCCUCCGGUAAAAUGCUGCUCUUGGACCGGCUCGUCCCCUGCCUCAUCUCGAAAGGCCAUAAGAUCCUUAUCUUUUCGCAAUUUAAAACCCAGCUCGACAUCCUCCAAGACUGGGCCACGCAGCUCCGCAACUGGAACUGCUGCCGAAUCGACGGCGCCGUGAGCCAAGAAUCCCGUCGCGCCCAGAUCAAAUCCUUCAACACCGACCCAUCCUAUAAGCUCUUCCUCCUUAGCACCCGCGCGGGCGGCCAAGGCAUCAACCUCAUGGCCGCCGACACCGUCAUCCUCUUCGACUCGGACUGGAACCCACAGCAAGACCUGCAAGCCCAGGACCGCGCCCACCGCAUCGGCCAAACCAAGCCCGUCAUCGUCUACCGCCUCGCGACCAAGGGCACCGUGGAACAAACCUUACUCGAGAAAGCAGACUCGAAGCGUCGUCUUGAGCGCCUCGUCAUCCAAAAGGGCAAAUUCCGCAGUCUGCUUGAUUCCGGCCUCAGUCAUACCGAUAUUGAUGAUUUGAAGAAAGCCCUCGGACAGGACGAAUAUGAACGUUUCGAGACGGGUGCUGAUCCAUCUGCCCUACUGUCACAGAAGGAUCUGGAUAUCUUGACGGAUCGGAGUGAGGAAGCGUAUGUCCGUGCCGAGAAGGGGUUGGAUACCACCGGCCGGGCUUUUAUGGCUGUGGAGACGAAGAGGGGUGGGGAUGGCAUGAUGGCGCAGAUUAUUGGGAAGUGA